AUGGAGGGAAGAAAUCAUACCACUGUGACAGAAUUCAUUUUGAUGGGAUUCAUGGAUUAUCCAGAGCUGCAGAUCCCCUUCUUUGUGUUGUUCCUUGGCAUUUACAUUGUUGCCCUGGUGGGGAACCUUGGGAUGGUUAUUUUAAUCCAUGUUGAUGCCCAACUUCAGACCCCAAUGUACUUCUUCCUCAGUAACCUAUCAAUUGUAGAUGCUGGUCAUUCAUCUGUCACUGGUCCUAAGAUGCUCCUGUCUUUUUUAUCUGACAGCAGGACCAUUUCCUUUAUUGAAUGUGCUAUACAGUAUUAUUUUGUUUGUUUCUUUUUGACCAACGAAUGCUGUCUCUUGGGCAUGAUGGCCUAUGACCGCUUUGUAGCCAUUUGUAAUCCACUACUUUAUAGCACGGCGAUAUCCAAGAGACUUUGUGUCAUGCUUGUUAUUAUAUCAUACAUAACGAGUUUUGCAAAUUCGACUGCACAAACAUUUUUUAUAUUUUCUUUGCCUUUCUGUGGUUCCAAUAUAAUCAAUAACUUCUUCUGUGAUAUCUCUCCCAUCUUAAAGCUGUCCUGUUCAGAUAUCCAUAAGGCAGACCUUGUUCAUUUUACAUUUUCUUCUAUAGUUGUCAUGAGUACUAUUUUGAUUGUUGUAGUCUCCUAUGUUUACAUUGUUAUUACAAUCGUACAAAUCCAGUCUGUUGAGGGUAGAUGCAAAGCCUUCUCUACCUGUGCCUCUCACCUCACAGCAGUUACUAUAUUCUAUGGGACUCUGAUCUUUAUGUAUUUGCGACCCACCUCAGGUUACACAAUGGACCAAGACAAAGUCAUCGCUGUGUUUUAUACCCUGGUGAUCCCCAUGCUAAAUCCCUUGGUUUAUAGUUUAAGAAACAAGGAAGUGAAGGAAGCUGUGAAAAGGGUAAUAGGCAGAAAAAUCUCUUUUCAUUGA